AGAAGUUUCUGGAGAAACUCCAUUCAUCUCAAAUAUUCGUUUGUGCCUUUAGAAGAGGAAUAUACAUACAUACUGGUGGUGGUGGCGGGUUGUUUUUCUUCCUAUCAAAAUCCCUUUCAUCUUCCUCGGAAUUCAGAGGUAAAUAGUUUUCCAUUGAUCAUUGUUUUGUUGAUUUACUGCUACCUUCAUUUUGAUUCGUCUGUAUCGAUCAUUAUCUCUUCCAAAAUAAUUCAGUCUCUCCUUUUCUUUUUGUAACAUCUUCUAGUAUCAGUUUCGUACGGAUGUAAUCCAUUAAUCCUGGAGUUAAAUUUUCGUAGGUUUGUUUUAUGUGGGGAUUGGAUAUUUUUUUUAAUUUUGUUUUCAAUCUUAUCGCUGUUUUUGGGUUUUGUUUUGCUGUUAUGUUGAUGAUGAUUCAUGUUUUCCUGUUAGACAAUUUCUGUGAUUCAAGACUUUUACUAGUCAGAUCGCAAUUAUCAAAAUUCGUUCUUUAGGAUGUCUCUGCUUAAUUCUUCACGUCUCACCUAUUUGGUGUUUGAUGUUGUAUCACUUCUGUGGAUAUUAUAUGUGUCUUGCAAUUGAAUUUUUUAUUGUUAUGUAAAAAUUUCACAUUUUCGGGUAAGAUAUCUCUGUGUUUUAUGUUGCAAGAUUUUAGUUUUUUGGAUGUUGUGUGCCUGAGGUUUUUCUAUAGUUUCAUGUUAUUUCUGCCUUAUUUUAAUUUUAUUUUUGCAUCUUUAUCUUUGUACUUGGUGGUGCCCAAUAUAGACUUAUUAUAUGCUGAUUUUGUCUUGAAGUUUUACUCGGAUUUGGCUACAUCACUCUCUCAAAUAUGGGCAGAAAUGCCUAGAAAUAUUGAUUGACUGUAAGAGGGGUGAAUAACCUGAUUUUUUUUUGUGAUGUUUAUUAUUGCCAUUCCUAUGGUGUUCAUGUUUUCUUUAUAUGCCAAUAAUGGUUCCGUUUUAGAAACUUGAAAAUUUUGUAUUGAUGCAUUUCUUGUUUUCUCCCCAUUCUUGUAGAGAUCGGGUUGCAAAAAAUGAGGGGUAGGAGUUAUAGCUACAGCCCUUCCCCUCCAAGGGGAUACAGCAGCAGACGUGGACGAAGUCCAAGCCCAAGGGGUCGCUAUGGCAAUCGUGGGAGAGAUCUGUCUACCAGUCUCUUGGUCCGCAAUCUUCGCCGUGAUUGUAGGACUGAAGAUCUUCGUAGGCCAUUUGGGGAAUUCGGCCCCCUUAAGGAUGUUUACUUGCCACGAGAUUACUACACUGGGUGAGAACUGCUUGAGCUCUUUGAAAUUGCUUUAUUUGUGUGAUUCUUGAAGGAAAGGAAGGAUGUCAAUAGAUCAGAAAUUAUAUUUAAGUUGUGAAAGUUCGUUUGAUCCCCUUGUGGUAUCCAUUUUUUGUAUGCUCAUUUGCUUUAUAAGACUUUUUUUUCCCUUCUUUUUAUUGAAAGUUUGAAGACAUGAAGUAAUAAGAGUUCUGUCCAAGAUGAUCUUAAUGUACAUGAAGAGAAGGAAGUUGGGUAUGAACAGAAUUAUCAAGAAGUUCAAGCCUUUCAAGGGAGCCACGCGGCUUUGGUUUUGUGCAAUUCUUAAACCCUGAUGAUGCGGCUGAUGCCAAGUACGAAAUGGACGGUCAGGUUAUACUUGGGCGAGAGAUAUCUGUGGUCUUUGCAGAAGAAAACAGGAAAAAUCCCUCCGAAAUGAGGGCUAGGGAACGCAGGUAAUCAACAAGUACAUUAUGAUGGAUACUUGUAAAUUUAUGCAUGUGAUUUGUGGUAUGUUAUAGGUGCUGCCUUUAAUGGGACCAUUUAAAAGCAAUGUUCUUUUGUGGUGCAAUUACUCAGGGGUCGUGUGGAUGACAGGAAGCGUUCCCUGCACCGUUACUCCCGGUCCCCCUAUUACUCGAGGACCUAUUCCCCAAGCCCUGAUUACUAUUCUCCAUCACCUCGUCGCAGAUAUUACUCGAGAUCCAUUUCUCCCCGAGAUAGAAGAUACAGGAGAAGCUCUUAUUCAAGGUCUCCUUAUGGUUCAAGAAGCAGGAGCAUUAGCCCCGCUAGUUAUAGGAGUAGGAGCCGCUCUUACUCCCGUGGUUACUCCGGAUGAGAAGAUUUGGUCCAUGCAGAGCAGGGACCAGGAUCUGGAAAAACCCUGAGGGGUGGUUUCCAGCGAAUCCCACCCGAGGGCCUCUACCCCUCAGCUUCUGUCUUUCAUUGCCCCGGCUUGUGGGUUAUAUAUUAUGAUAUACUAGGUUGAGAUCAGUGUUAGGUUUGCAAUAUCAUCUCUAAAUCUUUAGUGGUGGUAGCAUCGAAACUUGAAAGUGUUCUGUAACCGAGGCAAAUUUGUGAUGGCUUGUCUGAACUCUUUAAGUUUGUUAUUAUAUGUUCAGUGUCUCUUGUGCUGAUACCCUUUUCUUGUACUGAUUUCGUUCGAGGUUUUUUUCCCCUGUUGAAGUGGUGGAUUUCUUGUCGUACCUUUGAAUCUAGUGGUGGCGUUUGUAUGACAUAUAGGUGACAGUUUUAGGGCUUUGGGAUUUACCAUCAAAGCUGUGUUAGUGUUGCUUCAUGUUUUAUAUAGACGGGGACAUUUAGUGUGAGGUCUUAGGGCUUUGGGAUUCACCAUCAAAGUUGUGUUAGUAUUGCUUCAUGUUUUAUCUGCAUGAUAAGAUGAGAAAAAGUAUGUGCACUUAUUAAAAUUGUUACUUUUUAUUUCCGUCCAACAGCAUUAAUCAAGAAACACAGCAGGGCAGGCUGUCAUUUUGAUCUUUCUCCACCACCAUGGAACUGAUGCACCUCUUGCGAAAUCUGAUCGUGUUAUGGGUUUGACUUAUUUCCCCCUCUUUUUGGUAGUAAGGAUUAGGGAAUCAGGAAAUAUGAAGAGUCCCCAGGAUAAGACUGGCUGGGUGUGUGUAUGAUAUGUGCAUUUGACAAGGAUAUUCUGCUUAUCCGAUUGCUUUCUUAUUUGACCCAUGGAGGGUAUGAUGAUUAUGACAUGACAUAAUUCAUAUUUAUAUGAACGGGUCGAUCAAUUUUCAUUCUUCGAUUUUUCUUGACGCUACAGUGAACCAAAUCCUUGCUAUCGACAUUAAACUCGAAUCGUUCUAUCCCUUCUCUCUCCCAUCCUUGUUAGCAGUUUAUACAGAACAUUGGAAUGGAGUGUGAUUCCCGGGACAUUGUCAAUUACAGAUUUCAAAGUACCAUAACCUCUCCAUCCGUCAACUUGUCUAUCACCGAAGCAAUUUCCAAAUAUCUGUAAGAUUGGAGCUGAUUCCUAACCAAAGGACAACAAAAUUUCUACUUAGGCCCACUAGCUCGUUGCUAGGUCUUAUCUAUUUUAUUUUUAUUUUGUUUUUUAAUCUCCAUUAUUGCCCUUAUUCAUAGAUACAAUCAUCUUUAAG